AUGCCGGACGACUCGGAGAUUGUGAACGGAUCCGGAUGCUGCGCUCGUCUUUUGGAAGUCCUCGGAUGCGGCCGAACUAUCGCGGAGGAGCCUCCGGUGUGCGACGAGUUCAUGCCCACGAUCGACGACGCCAUCGAUGCGGUGGUGGCAAUUUUGGCCGAGCUCAGGGACUACAAGCAGAAGGCAGAAGCCUCUUCGGAUGACCAAGGCGUCGUCGAUACCGCGGUCCGCCCUCCCGACCCGCCGACGGCCCCGAACCCAAGCACCGGUACCCACAUCAACAAAUCGUCGAGUGAUCCAUCGGGCGGACUUGACGACGAUGUGCACAACAACGAGAAGGCGCAGCAAAUUCCUCCCAAAUUGGCGGCCCCGAACCCAAGCACCGGUACCCACAUCAACAAAUCGUCGAGUGAUCCAUCGGGCGGACUUGACGACGAUGUGCACAACAACGAGAAGGCGCAGCAAAUUCCUCCCAAAUUGGCGGCCCCGAACCCAAGCACCGGUACCCACAUCAACAAAUCGUCGAGUGAUCCAUCGGGCGGACUUGACGACGAUGUGCACAACAACGAGAAGGCGCUGCACGAGCCUCCCAAAUUGACAGCCCCGAACCCGAGCACCGGUACCCACAUCAACAAAUCGUCGAGUGAUCCAUCGGGCGGACUUGACGACGAUGUGCACAACAACGAGAAGGCGCUGCACGAGCCUCCCAAAUUGACAGCCUCGAACCCGAGCACCGGUACCCACAUCAACAAAUCGUCGAGUGAUCCAUCGGGCGGACUUGACGACGAUGUGCACAACAACGAGAAGGCGCUGCACGAGCCUCCCAAAUUGACAGCCUCGAACCCGAGCACCGGUACCCACAUCAACAAAUCGUCGAGUGAUCCAUCGGGCGGACUUGACGACGAUGUGCACAACAACGAGAAGGCGCAGCAAGGGCCCCCCGAGGAGAAUGAGCCCCCGAAUUCGACCGCCCAGGUCUCCUCGCUGUCCCUGACUACGGCCACUGCCUGCAGCCCCGCCAAUACCGCUCUGGAAAUUGAGGACAGUAUGGACAUGCUGCAAGACCCUCUGCUCGUCCAGGGCGCCGCCGCCCGC